GAAAAGUAUACAUUUUCAUCUGUCAUUUUCAUACAAUUUUUUUUUGCCUUGGAGCAGCAGUGCCUAUUGGUUUUUAGACAUCUUAGACUGUUUUAGAGGCGUAUAAUAACACAGCAUACGAAGAGAAAUAUAUUGUGUUUACCGUGUUUACUUUUCAUUUACCCGUAUUAGCACAAGGAUACAGUUGAAUUUAAUUCUUCAAAUUGUGAGGAAAGUGACCCAAAGAUAAGUAGUAACAAACAAAUCCACGUUGUCCUGCCAUCUUUCUUGAAAAUUGAAGUAGAUAAUGACUACUGAUAAUUGUGGAAGACUAAUUAAAGAGGAGGAAGAGGAGGCGGAAUGUAAAGCAGUCCAAAUGAUUAUAUCAAAGUAUGAAUCAGAGCCAAAACAAGUCAAAAGGGAAGAUCUCAUUGAUGUUGUUGAUCAUGAUCUGAAAUCUGAAAGGUACCUGGAAGAAGUGAAAGAAGCCUCACAUUGUGAGGUAUGUGGAGGCUUAUUUGGUCCAAUUGAUUUCUUCAGCUCUGAUCAUUGGAAAUUCUGUUGCCAAUGCCAGAAAGGGUCUAAUACUAUGCAAGAGGAAUAUAUGACUGUAGAUUUGAAACCAUUUGCUUCAGAUGAUACACUAUUGGCAUGCUACGAUACAAGCUUAGAUAAAGUUAUUGAGACAAUGAAUGCCGCAUUAAGGGAUGUAAAUGAGUACCUCUUGGCAAAUAAAUUAAAACUGAAUGAAAUGAAAAUUAAAGGAAUGAUUAUAACAACAAAAAAUAAACGGAACAACCAUGAUUUAAAUGAAAUGAAUAUACAAAUCGAUAAUGAAAACAUUGAAAUUGUGUCAUGUAUCAAAUAUCUUGGAUUUCAGUUAGAUAAUUUAUUACUGUUUGGCAAUCAUCUCGAUUAUAUAUGUAAAAAAAUAUCUAAAGAACUAUAUUUCUUUGCAAGAAUUUCUGGUAAUUUAUCCACUCAAUCUAAAAUUACUGUGUUCAAUGCAAUUAUCCAACCACAUUUUGAUUACUGUGCUUCUCUUAUUUUCUUGUUUAAUCUAAAUCAAACAUCUCAAUUACGAAAACUUCAAAAUCGCAGUAUGCGAAUUGUUCUAAUAGUGAAUAGAUUCACUGAAAUCUGAAUUAUGUUACAAACUUUGCGGUGGCUACCAGUUUCUUUACAGUUGUAUUACUUAACUAUGACAUUUAUAUAUAAAAUUCUGAAUAACUUAUCACCUUCAUAUUUUUCUGAAUUUGUUAGUUUAAAUUCAGAAGUGCGCACAAGAAAACAAAUAGGAGAAGUGCCAUGAAUUCUUUAUUUUUCAAAGAGUUUGAUGCAUACAAUAAAUUAUUAAAUGAAAUUAAAUCUAGUCCAUCAUUAAAUAUUUUUAACAAACAUUUAAUUAAAUCCAUCCAUAAUGCUAGAUAGAAUAGUGUUUGGUAAGAUAAUAUUAACAAAUAUAGUAUUUGUAUGUUGUUUUCUGCUUUUUAUCAUUGUAUUGGAGCUGCACCAAUAUUGCAAUGUACUUUUAAUAGCAUAUGUCGUUAUUUUUGAAACUAAAAAUUUUUAUUUUCAAUUUCUAUGUUAGUAAUAUGUUUUAUAUAAUAUUGU